GACGAAAGUAAUGCAAAAGUUCGAGUUUUAAGAAACGCAGGCACUGAAGUGGAGGGUGGAAAGUCGUUGUCAAACAGUUCCCUGGUCUCUGUUUAAGGGUCAUACAUUGUUGUGAAAAAGACGAAGAUCCACUACCACAAAGGGAUCCCACCAAAGUUCAAGUAUUGAUUCCUUUAUCGACUUUACUUAAGCGACUGAUAAGGAUGGACGAUGGGGGCGACGACAAUGAUGCUAGCCGGUCCUUUGGGCCCAAAAGCGGUUUCGCCGGCUUCGAGAACAAGAAGCCACCACCCGCACGAGCCAAAGCGAAACGAAAGCCUAGAGUUCAACGAGCUUUAAGCACUAAUUCGGAACAAGAGAGUCAGACCACAACCGAUUUCGGAACGCAGAAUAGCAUCUUGGGUGGAACAGCUAGAGGAUCCAAUAAAAGAGGCACACCGUCAAAAGCAGCAAAAGCGGUGAAGGAAGUUCCGAAAGUCGAUUUAGUCUUAGGCGCUUCGGUUCCAAGCUUAUUCCUUACUGAAAUCCGAAAUGCGCUGUUUCAAUGGAGACCAACUGGGGCUGCAUGUGAAUUCAAUGUCACGGAUUUGUCGAAACAAGGAACUGGUGGAGUUCCACCGGGUAGUGGUUUUUUUGGAGGGACAGAGCCACCGGUACUAGAUAGUCCAUUCGCAGUGAUUCGCUCAUCAUGGGACUAUGCGAGUCAUAUGGAGAAGGUAUCGGGUGCGAUGGAACAGGAGACUAAGGCGCGUUUGCACUACAACUAGUGAUGUACUAGUGAACAAUAUGUCCCUGGAAAAAGUACGUAGGGGUUCAUUUCUACUAAGGUGUGUUACACUUGUAUGGUGAACCUAGAAAAGAAGGAGGUCUCCAGCUCUAAUGCAAACACCAGAAGACCCGCUUGUCAGGUGCCUUGCGUCAUCGGCUUUCUCGAUCGAACGGGGGAAAACAGAAAGAAGCCAAUCAUUGACGAUGAAACUUGUGCAGCCACUAUGACGGCGUUAAAAGAAUUCCAGGCUCAGCAGGGGGCCGCUCGCGCAGUCCUCGUAGUGCGAAAUCGGGAUAGCACUUCUACUGGGUACUUGGCUCGCGGCUUAGUUGCCUACGAUCUUGACAUGGUUGAGAUUUUCUCUCUGGAAGAAGCAGGGGCCUAUGUUAAGGGUUACCGAAUUGCAUCCUUCACUACCAUGCUUGACUUAUUUUCCAAUAGGAAAGAAGUCAAGGAUGAUCUGAAGAAUGUAAUCGCGCAAGAACCCCUAAAUAUGUUUGCCUUGUCUUGGACGCAAUCGUUAAGUCCAGGACGAAAAAAACCACUGGAGAGUUCCACAACCGCAGUGAGGGCUGUAAGUCCGUUCCGCAUAGCGAGGGAAGAGGCGCGAUGUUUGUGAAUUGGGUCUCGAUGCUUAUGGAGGUUCCAGGUUGCGGUGAAGAAAUGGCGAAGGUUGUCGCAAACAGAUGGCCGUCAUUGGCGACUUUACUAGAUGCAUUGGAGUCGGCGGUUGAUAUUGUCAAAUCCGAAAUGCGGGAGUUGAUGGUACCUCAGCGUGGGAAAAGCGAAACGCGGAAAUUAGGGCCAGUGUUGGCCAACAGGAUAUGCAACUUCUUUGUUAGUGAGAAUCCUGCGGAGAUUGCUGUGUAGAAAUUCAGAGGAAGGUCGUCGACUCUGCUGUUGUGAUAGGGAAUAAAGCCACUUGAGAUGAUGUUCAUUUUCUACUUGUGUUUGCCAAAGAGUACAGCUGUUCGAAAAAGUAGAGGUCCAAAGAAGAACAGGACAUGACUGAAUGUCAUCACCAUGAAUGACUAGGACGCUCUUGUUCCAACAUGUCGUGAUCG